AUGCAUCGUGCUCUUAUCUUUAAGCUCCCGUUGCUCCUUUCGGCUGUUGCUGUUGCAAGACCUCAGACACCUGCGGAUACCAGCGCGUUGAGCGGGUUGCCGGCUUGUGCGCAAGAUGCCGCCAACGCUGCCCUGGCCUCCUCGGGGUGUCCGGUGAACGACCAAAACUGUAUCUGCAGCUCGCAGGCCUUCAUCAGCGCCAUCACCACUGCAGUCACGCAGACUUGCUCCCCAGCCGAUGUCCAAGCUGCUCUCGUAUUCGGCCAGAAUUUCUGCGGUGCGGCCCUCGGAGGACCCGGGGGAAGCUCCUCUUCAUCCGGUCCUUUACCUACCGUCGACGCAGGAGACACCGCCAGCUCGACAGUUCCGAUCGCCAGCCCCACUGACAGCGGUGACAACGCCUCCACGACCACCGUGCCAGGGACAGUGACUUCGAUGACAAGUGUCGCCGACGCCACGGACAACAUGAUGACCACCAACCCCUCGGCGUCGAUUCUGCCGUCUAGCGUGACGGGCAUGAUGACGACCACACAAUGCACCACGACGACAACGAUGAUGACAACGGUCGCGAGCAGGCCAACGGGGGCGUACAACGCGACCUAUACUGGCGGUGCUGCGGCGCUGAGGAUUGCAGCGGGCCAAGGUGUGAUGGCGGCCGUCAUGGGCGUUGCGGGCGCAGUGGCUUUGUUGUGA